AUGAAUGUCUAUCGAUCGAUUUAUUCUCAUUACUUCGCUCGACUCGCCGUGACACUACACGAACGCUUUGCAGCGAGAUCGUUGUCGCCACGACGUCUGUUACACAGACCAAAACGGAUCGAUAUCAAAGAACUAAAUCCUCACCUUAUCUGCGUUUUAUGUGGAGGUUACUACAUUGAUGCAACGACCAUUAUUGAAUGUCUACACUCGUUUUGCCGAACAUGUAUUGUUCGCUAUUUAGAGAGCAGCAACGUGUGUCCCAUCUGUGAUGUCAUCGUUCAUAAAAGCAAACCGCUGCAAAAUAUAAGAAUUCAUAUCUAUUCAUAUCUAUCCCAAUCUAUUCAUAUCUAUCUAUCUAUCUAUCUAUCUAUCUAUCUAUCUAUCUAUCUAUCUCAGUCUAUUCAUAUCUAUCUAUCUCAAUCUAUUCAUAUCUAUCUCAGUCUAUUCAUAUCUAUCUAUCUAUCUAUCUAUCUCAAUCUAUUCAUAUCUAUCAAAGUCUAUUCAUAUCUCUCUCUCUCUCUCUAUCUAUCUAUCUAUCUAUCUAUCUAUCUAUCUAUCUAUCUAUCUAUCUAUCUCAAUCUAUUCAUAUCUCUCUAUCUAUCCCAUUGUAAUCAUAUCUAUCUAUCUAUCUAUCUAUCUAUCUAUCUAUCUAUCUCAGUCUAUUCAUAUCUCUCUCUCCCUCUCUCUCUCUCUCUCUAUCUAUCUAUCUAUCUAUCUAUCUCAAUCUAUUCAUAUCUCUCUAUCUAUCUAUCUAUCUAUCUAUCUAUCUAUAUAUCUCAAUCUAUUUAUAUCUAUCUAUCUAUCUAUCUAUCUAUCUCAAUCUAUUCAUAUCUAUCUCAAUCUAUCCAUAUCUAUCUCUCUCUAUCUAUCCAUAUCUAUCUCUCUCUAUCCAUCUCAAUCUAUCCAUAUCUCUCUCUAUCUCUCUCUCUCUAUCUAUCUAUCUAUCUAUCUAUCUAUCUCAUUGUAAUCAUAUCUAUCUAUCUAUCUAUCUAUCUAUCUAUCUAUCUAUCUGAGCAACUUUUAAAGCCGCAGCCCCUAACAAAGAACAUAACCCAAGCACUACACCUAGAAGAACCUCAGCAUCCCAGCGGACCCGUGCUUGAGCUCGUUCAGCAAAGCCGCCACCUUGACCUUCCUCGACUCCUUGGAGGCAUUCAUGAUGAGCAUACGGUGAGACUUGCGGUUGGAGGAGUAACUAAUGUCAUUCUUGAUCGUUCGGCAGAUCGUCGACUUGUGGCAGUCCAUGUCAGCGGUGAUCUUGGCGUAGCUCUGGCUUCCAUCAUUGUCAACUCUCUCCUUGGCGACGGCGGCAGCGAACUCGUCGGUCUUAACGGCCGAAGAAUGAACGUUGUGGGUCAUUCGUUUGGCAGUAAACGCGUCCUUGUUCUCAAACGCCUUCCACUUCCUCCAAAUGUCCAUGACCAUAAUCCCCUUGAACCCAAACCAGGCCAUUUCCUUUUCUUUUUACCUGACAAUACACUCCAAGAUCUUGUAUACAAGUUGGUGCCUCGACUAUUCAAAGAUGAGAUGAAAAGACGUCGGGAUUUGUACGCCUCCGUGAGCGCAGAAGUCUAUUCUCUCUCACUUGUCUCUGUUUUCUUCCAUUCUCUCCUUCUUUCUUUCUUUAUAUUUCUCUCUUUCUCUUUUUCUUUCUUAAUCUUUCUUUCUUUUUUUCUUACAUUCUCUUUCUUUCUUUUUCUUUCUUUCUUUCUUUCUUUUUCUUUCUUUCUUUCUUUCUAUUGCUCACCUUUCUAUUGCAUUUUCUUUCUUUCUUUCUUUCUUUCUUUCUUUCUUUCUCUCCCCCCUCUCUCUCUCUCUCUCUGUCUCUUUCUUUCGCUCUCUCUUUGCUAUCAACUUCUCUCUACUAGAUCUUUUCUUUUUCUCUCGUUCUUUCUUCCUUCUAAUCUUCUCUUCUAUAAUCUCUCUCUCUCUCUUUCACUCUCUCUCUCUCUUUCACUCUUUCUCUCUUUCUGA